AGCGCGCGAGCGCAGUUUGAACUGAGUAGCUCUCAUGUUCAGAUGUUUUAACAUUUCUCUCUAUCUUUUUCACUUAAUUUUUUCUCUCCUCCCUUGUAAUGAUGUUUUAAAAAGGGGAGAAAAAUAAAAUUUCUUUACCCUCUUGCGCGACCGGUUUAUUUUCGUCGUAGAACUAUUAAAUGCGCUCGCUUUCCUCAAGGCGCCUCGACGACUUUUCUCUCUUUUCUUUCUUUCUCUCUCUCUCUCUUCUUCUUCUCACUUUCGUUCCACGGAAAGCCAGUCGUAGGUCAACGCACGUUCCCAACUAGUAUGUGAAUUAUAAUAAUAAAUUGUUUCGCGCAAUAUUUUAGAAGGAAAAAUAAAUUAUUUUUUUUAAAUUGGUGUUUUUUUUUUUUUUUUAAUUCAACAAAAAAAGGAGUAAGUGCCAUGGAAAUAAAAAUUGGGAUUUAAAAAAAACAAAAAAGGAAAAAUUAUUUGUGCUUCCCUAGGAGGGAAAAUUGUCUAGUGGCAGUGGGAAACUGCGAACAAGGAUAAUAGGGAUUUUUCCGUCCAUAUUCUUGAUACUUUCCGAAGAAUCUCCUGUGCCAUAAAAAAACUGCCUUCCAAAAAAAGAAGAAAUUCCGUCAUCAGAUUUUAGUUUUAGCAGAAUUUCCAUAGCUAAGAAACUAUAGUGAUUCCAAUUUUCUCCAUAUCCGCUCAAACAUGAAGGAAUAAAUUUGCGGAAAAUGAAACUCAUUUUAAAAUUUCGGGUCCGCAAAUGGCCUGAGCAAUGCUGACAAAAAAUUUUGAUUUCUUCCUCAAUUGACAAUCAAGAAAAAACAUUUGGGAUUCCAACGGAUUUGAUCCUGGAUCCAUUAGAUCAAAAAAUUGUGGAUUAUCCUUCCAAAUUGGAAAAUAAUUCAUCGCAAUUAAAUAUGGCAGCCACGGCAAAACGUGAUCAUAGAAGAAAAUUCACCGCCGAGACAUCAUCAGGUGAAGAGGAUAUUGCCGCAAUUGCAAAACAAAUAAGCGAUCAUGCCGAGGCAAUUUAUCAAACAUGGAAAAGUCGUGGACUUGCACCAACGGAAAUUUUAAAUUGUCACAAUAAUGCCGCGGCUGCUGAUAAAUUUGGCAGUGCACUAUCGCCAAUUUCACCAUCAGCCAAUAAAUUAAAUGUCAUCGAUGGUGUUGUUGAUUCAUCACCUGAAUUAGAUAAUAAUAAUCUUGAAAAAUUGGUGAAUAAUUUCGUUGAAGAAGAUAAGGCACGCGUUGCAGCGCGUCAACGUUCGCCUGGUAAAAAUUUACCCUCAUCAAUUCAAUUUGCAUUACAAAAAUUUGAACGUAAUUCCAUUCAACAAUCAAAAUCAAUAAAAUCAUUAAACACUGAAAAUCUCCAUAAAUCCAAAUCACCAUCAUCAAUUAUACAAAUAGCAAAAUUAAAUCUCUCUAAUAAUGUUAAAGAAAUUGAAAAACCCAAUAAUUUAGUGAAUAAAUUUUCCGACGAUUCCUCAAGUUUAAAUACAUGGCCAUUGAAGAAUAAAAUUUUUAACGAUAUGAGUACAACAAAAAUGCGUAAUCAAAAAAAAAUUUCAAUCGAUAAAGAUAAUUCAAUUUAUCUCAAGGAAGUUGCACGCGAGGAAAAAAGGCUCAUUGAUGCCCUAAAGACUGGUACAUUAAUUGCCGAUGAAACGGAUUCAAUUCUUCAUUCAAAUUCUAUUUCUAAUUCUUAUUCAAUGAUUAAUGAAAAAACAAUGAAAUCAUCAGAUGAUGUUGAUAAUUUGUCAAAAAUGUCUCUAGUCGAUUAUGCAAAGAUUCGUUAUUGUGCCGCACAAAAUCAACAACCAAAGCAAAAACAAGAAAAUGAAGAAAUUAAUUCACCUGAACAACAUGUUUCAAUAACAAGAAGUAAAUUUGAGCCUGAAUUACAGAAAUGUUCAAAAAUUGAUGAUACCAAAGAUGAACGUGAUUUGGUGCAUACAAGAUGGGGUGUUAAAGUUAAUGCCACAAGGCCAAGACUUGAACAAGUUCCACAUCCUGAAUUGACAAUGCAACAGAAACAACAUAUUAGAGCAACGGGAAGUGGAGGAACGGGAAAUAAUCCUGUGAGACCAUUUUUAACGAGGGGUUCAGUGGCUGAGAGGGUUCUUAUAUUUGAAAAAUGUCCCAGUGAAUUAUUACUUGAUAAAAGAGGUCCCAGACAAACGGGUGUUAAUAAUACGAGGGCAAAUCAUGACGUUAACAACAAAACACAGUCGUACGUCCGUGAGAAGCAGAAGAAAAAUCUUCCACCUCAUACAACAUUACAGAGACACGUUAAGGCAAAUAAAAAUGUGGACAUACCGCGAUUUUAUUUUCCCGAGGGAAAACCUGUGGCUCUCUCGCAAGUGGAGGCAACAGUGGCUCGUAUCGCGGCCGCGUUUCAAGUUCUUCCAGGUCAACGAGCAUCUCGUUCUCAGUUCCACAUCAUUGCUAAGGCUUGUGAUUUGCCCCUUUAUUGGAAAGUUCCUCUGUUCCUUGCAGCUAGAGGCGAUCAAACAGGCUUCGUCGAAAUGAAUGCUUUCCUCGAAUUUUGGAAAGAACUGACGAAUAAGCAUCACGAUACGGCGAGUAAAUUUGUCAGGAUCACGACAAAAGGAUUAAGAGACAGUAUUUUGCCAGAAGACUUAAUUCCAUUGGUGCAGGAUGUUGUCGAGACACAUCCGGGUUUAACGUUUCUCAAGGAGGCAAUUGAAUUUCAUUCUCGAUACGUUCACACUGUAAUUGCAAGGAUAUUUUAUUGUGUUAAUCGGAGUUGGAGCGGGAAAAUUUCUGUUGCCGAAUUGAGAAGAAGUAAUUUACUCUCAGUGAUUAGUGUUCUUGAACAUGGCGAAGACAUUAAUCUUGUCACAGCUUAUUUCAGUUACGAACAUUUUUACGUCAUUUAUUGCAAAUUUUGGGAACUUGAUCGUGAUCACGAUCUUUUUAUUGAUAAAAUGGAUCUUAUGAGGCACAAUGAUCAUGCGUUGUCAACGAGGAUGAUUGAAAGAAUAUUCAGUGGAGCAGUGACGAGAGGAAACGGAAAAAAUGCAACCGAAAUUCGUCAAGGAGAAGGGAAAAUGAGUUACACGGAAUUUGUUUGGUUUCUGUUGAGCGAAGAAGAUAAAAAUCAUCCGACAGCUAUUGAAUAUUGGUUCAGAUGCAUGGAUCUAGAUGGAGAUGGUUAUCUGUCAAUGUAUGAACUGGAAUAUUUCUACGAAGAACAGUUACUGAGAAUGGAGGCAAUUGGCAUUGAAACAUUACCAUUUGAAGAUUGUCUUUGUCAAAUGUUAGAUAUGAUUCAUCCAAAAAUACCCGACAAAAUUUCACUGGCAGAUUUGAAAAUAUGUAAAAUGACAACAAUUUUCUUUGAUACGUUCUUUAAUCUUGAAAAAUAUUUAGAUCAUGAGCAAAGGGAUCCUUUUGCAUCUGCGAGGGAACAUGACGCCGACGGGCAUGAGCUAUCCGAUUGGGAUCGUUUUGCUGCCGAGGAAUACGAAUUAUUGGUUGCAGAGGAGAAUGGAAACGAUCAAACGGAACAGAUGCUUCAGGAAGCUGUAAUGGAUGAUGAGUAUGCAUCAAGUCAAGAUAUGAAUUUAGAGUCAAACUCAUUAGAAAGUGGAAAUUCAAAAGGCCCAAGGGGCUCGAAUGAAUCGGGUAAUUUAAAAAGUCAUCAACCAAAGGCCGCUUAUUGCGAUAGCUGUGAUAGCGACGAUUAUGCAGACAGUGACAAUUAACUUCGACAUAUAUAGUCCUAAAAAUCAGUUGAAGUGCGAAUGAUAUCACAAGAGCGAAAGAUUAUAAGGAAAGAAUGAUAAUGAUGACGAAAAUUCCUAAAAAAAAAAAAAAAAAAACAAA